GCAAGAAAGCACAAAACGAGUUGGAGGAGGAGAAGUUCAAAGUGCGUGAUGAGUUGGAUGCCUUGAAGAAACAACAUCUCGAUAAUGAAUCACAAAUCAAGGAGCUUACAGCUAAAUUCAAUAAAAUGAGUAACGAACGCAAUGCACUGGACAAAUUGCACAAAAUGAAAAUCGAAAAAAUUACAAGCCUGGAGCAUGAAUUAGAGUCGUUGCAGGAAAAGCAAAAGCUUCUAGCAGUAAGUCGUCCGACCUCGACUCUGAAUGUGGCACCCGUUGCUUCGGCGAGCUUGAGAAGCAAAUUGCUGAAGAUUAUACCCACACUGAACAGCAACGAAAUGGAAAGCGUUGUCGAUGUGGAACCCACAGCAGCACUGCCCAUCACAAGUGAUCUUGUUGAGCGUUUGGUUGACGAAUUUCAGACAUUGAAGAACGCCAUGAAUGUGGUGGAACUGCAGCUGUAUGAAGCUAAUGAGAAAAUAGCCGAGUUGUUGGAGAAUCAACACCACUUGGAGGAGGAAAACGAAACGUUGCGGACGGAAAAUACAAAUCUGACCAAAGUCGCCAAACUGUUAACGGAAAAUAUGAAGGAGAGCGUUGAGACAAGCAAGAAAAUGGAGGUAGCGCUCAUAAAAUUAAAGCAACGCAACGAUGAAUUAAAUGCAAAGACGCGCGACAUUACUGAUGGCCAGCCUGAGCAAAGUCCUUCGCCAACCACGGUCAAGGCAAAUGAAGAGUUCGAACAAAUUAAGGAAGAAGUCGAAAGUCAAAAUCGGGAUCAUAAUGAGCGCAUUGUGGAAAUGGGCUUUAAAAGAGUCUCUGGCUUCUUUAGGCCUUUACAAAACAUAUUUAAAAGCUCUUAAAUACAAAACGUCCUGCACAAAUACCAAAAACAUGUCAAAAAACUACAUAAGUACUGCAUACAUCCACACAAUCUAUGUAUGUAUAUUGGCGCAACGAGCUUGUUCUGGGGUGGAGGUGAAAAAGUAUUAAGUACAUGGCGUUAUUUUACAGCAAUUGUGAUACGGAGUAAGACCAGAAUAAAGACACCUUCAUACCAUUUAUCUGACUGUAUCUGUGAUGUUGGGCUUCAUGCAUUAAUCAUAACCAGCGGCGGCGGCGGCUGUUUGUUACUUGUUUCUCUGCAUGAAGAAUUAUUUUGUUGUCUGUGUUUUUACGUUUAUAAUAUUUUGUGCUUAAUUUAAAAAAAAAAGGUUAGGGGAAGUAACUAAAAAUUAUGCUAGUGAAACUAAUGGAAAUAUGUUAGCAAGUUAUUUCACUUUUUUAAAAUGAAUGAACUGAAACUGCUAUAUUUUGUGUAAUGGGA